UAAAAAAGUUUUCAGGAAGUUGUUUUGAAAAGUCACCAACAGGAAAGAGUUCACGGCUUUCUCCGUGUGAACUGUUUGACACCUGUUGCGUUAGAAAAUGGAGCACGGUGCUUAUGGGGCCUCGUUGGCUGGCGGUACCUUUGAUUUGGAGAGCUUCGUGAAAAAGCCUCAAACUAUUUUGCGCUUCCUGAGCUGGAUAUUUUCUAUCGUCGUCUUCGCCACCAUCACUGCAGAGGGUUACGUCAACCCCAUGACAGAGGAAAACACCAAGUGCAUGUUCAAUGGCAAUGACGGCGCUUGCAGCUACGCAGUGGGAAUCGGCGUCAUUUCCUUCCUGGCUUGUGUCUUAUUUCUUAUACUUGAUGCUUACUUUCCAAAACUCAGCAAUGCCAAUGAGAGAAAAUACAUCGUUGUUGCAGAUUUAGUCUUUUCAGGGGUAUGGACUAUCCUGUGGUUUAUCUGCUUCUGUUAUCUGGCAAACCAAUGGGGCAAAACCACAGCAGGAACUGCGGCUCCGGAUGCUGCUCGGGCGGCCAUCUCCUUCUCCUUCUUCUCAACCGCCACCUGGGGUCUGCUGUUCUACUUUGCAUUUGGAAGGUAUCGCCAAGGUGUAGACGACUUUACCCAAGACUACAGGGAUCCGGCCGUUGACCACACCUCUCCGUACCCACCUGCUCAGUUCGGCAGCGGCCCCACAGGCUACCAGCAGUCGCCCUUCUCCCAGGGCCAGACUCAGCCGGGAGAGUACCAGCCCCCAGCUUAUUAACGGACUAAAAUUCAGAAGCAUCAACCCAACUUGAGGUUUUCCUUUUUAAAUAAAGAAGUGUGCCAAUGGUUUGUUUCACAUUUCUGAGCUUUUUGGUUUUUUUUGCUUUUGGACACUCCCAGUUUGUGCCUUUGCUAAUUUUUUGGAGCACUGUUUUCUAUUUUACUGCAUCAUAGUGCGGCUGGUUGCACGUUUGAUGCCUCCUUACUGGUUUUUUUAGGCUUGAAACAGUUUUAGGACUGUUGGUAGGGGGGAAAAAAUGAUGAUGAUUGUACCAAAAUACUUUUUGCAGGUGUUGGCUAUUGAUCAAAAAAUAUAUUUCAAUUUAAUCUUCAGGAAAUUGAAUUUGUAAUUAAAAUACAUGAAAUGUACUUUUGUUAGAAUGUUACUAUUCACUUUGUACAUUGUGUUGAUAUCAGCACUCCCACCGCCAAGAUUCAACUGUAUAGAUGAACUGAAUGAUUUAAUAGUAAACAUUUAUUAAAUCAAUGUGUUAAUCUACUGAAAAUGCCAUAUCUGUAUUUUUUAUUUUAUUAAAUUAACCACUAGGAAUAGCCUUUUGUGCACUGAGAAGUAUUAAAUUUCUCCUUGAAAUUUUCUUUUUCUGACUGUCCUAUAUCUUGAUUGGGAUGGGACUUUUUUUUUUUUAUUUCAUCUAGAGAGGUUUGAGUGGCUUUUUUUUUAAUGCUUUUUAUAUUUAAUUUUCUGCAAAUGCACAAUACGGAAUACCUUUUGUGGUAGUAAGUUCUUGAUCUAUUUAUUACCUUGUGCUGUCCUGUUAAACACAGCUGCAUGGCAAUCAACUAUCAUUUUACUUUUCUUGGGCCUCAUCAGUGUCAAACACCAGCUUUUACUAUACAGUGAAUGACAUUUUACAAUGUGUCCUGUUUGCCAAAUAAAAAAAAAAAACUCUGACUUUCAUCUUA